UUGUCACCUCUCUUACUUUUUCAUCCUUGAUGAAGUUUCCGCCAUUAUUAUGCUUCUUUCGUCUUUAAGCAAUUGUCAAAACCAACCCUUUAUUACAAACAUCCUUCUCACUUGGGCUUCUUCUUCUUCCUCAGAAAACCCAGAAAAUGAGAAUCUUUCGCAAACCCACACUCUCUCUUUCUUUCUUCUUCUUCGUCUUCUUCCUCCUCUACGAAUCUUCCAUGGCUGCAGAUACAAUCAGAAGAGACGAAUUUCUUAGAGACGGCCUCAAUCACAAACCUUUAGUCUCUCCACGAAAGACAUUCGAGCUCGGAUUCUUCAGUCCCGGAUCAUCGACGCGUCGUUACCUAGGGAUUUGGUACGGAAACAUCGAAGAUAAAGCUGUGGUAUGGGUAGCAAACAGAGAAAACCCGAUUUUAGACACAUCUGGUGUUCUCAGGAUCAGCAACGACGGGAAUCUCGUGUUGUUAAACGGACAAAACAUCACUGUUUGGUCUUCAAACAUCGAAUCGAGCAGUAACAACAACAACAGAAUCGGAGCUAUUCGCGAUACAGGCAACUUCGAAUUGAUUGAAGUUAGCUCAGAGAGAGCUAUCUGGGAGAGUUUCGAUCACCCAACGGACACUUUCUUGCCUCAGAUGAGAGUUCGUGUGAAUCCCCAAACCGGAGAUAACCUCGCUUUCGUCUCGUGGAGAUCUGAGACCGAUCCUUCUCCUGGUAAUUACACAUUAGGGAUCGAUCCUUCAGGAGCACCAGAGAUUGUGCUUUGGGGAAGAAACAAGACGAGGAAAUGGAGAAGCGGGCAGUGGAACUCCGCGAUUUUCACCGGGAUUCCGAAUAUGUCUCUCUUGACGAACUAUCUUUACGGGUUUAAGCUUUCUUCUCCUCCAGAUGAAACAGGUAGCGUGUAUUUCACGUAUGUUCCUUCGGAUCCAUCGGUGUUGCUUAGGUUCAAGGUUCUUCAUAAUGGCACUGAAGAGGAAUUGAGAUGGAACGAGACUUUGAAGAGAUGGACUAAGUUUCAGUCUGAGCCAGAUACUGAGUGUGAUAAGUACAAUCGCUGUGGGAAAUUCGGAAUCUGUGAUAUGAAAGGCUCUAAUGGAAUCUGUAGCUGUGUUAAAGGUUAUGAGCCGGUUUCUGUAGGGGAUUGGAGUAGAGGUUGUAGAAGAAGAACUCCUUUGAAGUGUGAGAGGAACACUAGUGCUGGAGAGGAUGAGUUCUUGACUCUGAAAUCUGUGAAGCUGCCUGAUUUCGAAACUCCUGAGCAUUCUCUUGUUGAUCCUGAGGAUUGCAAAGAUAGAUGUUUGAGGAAUUGUUCUUGCGCUGCUUUUACUGUUGUUAAUGGUAUUGGAUGCAUGAUUUGGAACCAAGAUUUGGUCGAUUUGCAGCAGUUUGAAGCUGGUGGAUCCUCGCUUCAUGUUCGUCUUGCUGAUUCUGAAAUAGGGGAGAGCAAGAAAUCCAAGAUUGUGGUGAUUGUCGCGGUACUUGUUGGUGUGAUUUUGUUAGGACUCUUUGUUCUGCUUCUAUGGAGAUUCAAGAGGAAGAAAGAUGUUUCAGGAGCAUAUUGUGGUAAGAACACCGAUACAUCGGUCGUUGUUGUUGAUAUGACUAAGACCAAAGAAACCACUACGGCGUUUACAGGAUCAGCGUGGUAUCUGUAUACACAUGGGAGAUCAGAGGAGCUUGUUGAUCCGAAGAUAAGGGUCACGUGCAAUAAGCGUGAGGCCUUGAGAUGCAUACACGUGGCAAUGCUGUGUGUACAAGAUUCGGCUGCGGAGAGACCGAACAUGGCUGCAGUUUUGCUGAUGUUAGAGAGUGACACAUCAACGCUAGCUGUGCCAAGACAGCCAACGUUUACUUCCAACAGAAGAAACUCCAUUGAUGUUAACUUUGCUCUUGAUUCGAGCCAACAAUACAUUGUUUCUUCUAAUGAGAUCACUUCCACUGUUGUUCUUGGACGAUAAUUACAGAUUGUUUUGUUUUUUCGGCUGUAAAGUUUCUGAUUAUUCUUGUGAAAACGUAUAGUCUUUUUUGGGGUUGAUUAGGGUAAUGGAAUACUGAUUGUGGAAAUUAUGUUAAUAAAGUGAAAUCUAUAUAGUACUAGAGACUGGAUAUGUUAAUUCAAGAUGAGAUGAAGC